AUGCCUUACAGGUACUAUCAUGGAAAGACGGGGCGCGUUUAUAAUGUGACGAAGAGGGCUCUUGGCGUUAUUGUCAAUAAGAAGAUCCGUGGCAAGAUUUUGGCCAAGAGGAUUAACGUCCGAGUUGAGCAUGUCACUCAUUCCAAGUGUCGUACCGACUUCUUGGACCGAGUUCAAGAGAACGAGAAAUUGAAGAGGGAUGCGAGGACGAAAGGAAUCAGUGUCGUUUGCAAGCGACAGCCUAAACAGCCAAGAUUAGCCCAUUUUGUCAGCACAAAAGGCAACGCUCCCCAACUCCUCCAACCCAUCCCCUACGAAUUUGUAGCGUAA